CGCCCUCCACGCGACUCGCCAACCGCGCGACGGAACAGGGAGUAAAGGAGAAAGGCAAGAACUCAAUUGGUGCAUUGAGAAGCGAAACUGCGAUUUCCUUGCAGAAUUGAUGAAGCGAGCUCGGAGGCGUAUGCGGGUGGGAUGACUGAUGAGGGAUGAUAGUAACAUUGAUGAACUUGCUACGGGCGUGUUGGAGACCGUCAUCCAACCGGACAGGCUCCGAUGCUAUUGGUAGGCAGGACGGACUUUUAUGGUACAAGGACACCGGGCAGCAUGUAAAUGGGGACUUCUCCAUGGCUGUUGUCCAGGCCAAUAACUUGCUUGAGGACCAGUGUCAGAUUGAGUCGGGUCCACUGAGCUUUCUUGACUCUGGCCCGUACGGCACUUUCGUCGGCGUUUAUGAUGGGCACGGUGGACCAGAGACAGCUUGCUAUAUCAACGAUAACCUCUUCAACCAUCUGAAAAGGUUCGUUUCGGAGCAAAACUCAAUGUCUGCUGAUGUGCUGAGAAAAGCAUAUGAAGCUACAGAAGAUGGAUUCUUCUCUAUCGUCACCAAGCAAUGGCCUGUCAAGCCUCAGAUAGCGGCUGUUGGGUCAUGCUGUUUGGUUGGUGUAAUAUGUGGUGGCAUCCUUUAUAUUGCCAAUGUUGGGGAUUCUCGUGCUGUUUUAGGAAAACAUGUUAAAGCCACUGGAGAAGUAUUGGCUGUCCAACUCUCAGCAGAGCAUAAUGUGAGCAUUGAGUCAGUGAGAAAAGAAUUGCAGUCUGUGCACCCCGAGGAUAGGCAUGUUGUUGUUCUCAAGCACAAUGUUUGGCGUGUGAAAGGCCUAAUUCAGGUCUGCAGAUCGAUAGGUGAUGCCUAUCUAAAAAAACAAGAGUUCAACCGGGAACCUCUGUAUGCAAAGUUCCGCCUCCGUGAACCUUUUAACAAGCCCAUCCUAAGUUCAGAACCCUCUAUUUGUGUGCAACCGAUACAUCCACAUGAUCAGUUUCUCAUAUUUGCGUCUGAUGGACUUUGGGAGCACUUAACCAACCAGGAGGCUGUUGACAUUGUUCAAAGUAACCCUCGUAGUGGAAGUGCUAGGAGGCUCAUAAAAUCAGCUUUACUAGGAGCAGCCAAGAAAAGAGAGAUGAGGUAUUCUGAUCUCAAGAAGAUCGACCGAGGCGUCCGGCGCCACUUCCAUGAUGACAUAACUGUCAUCAUACUCUUCCUCGACUCGAGCCUUGUAAGUAGGGCGAGCACCUACAGGGGCCCUACUGUUUCUCUAAGAGGCGCCGGGGUGAGCCUGCGCAGCAGCACGCUCGCGCCUUAUGGGUCGCAAAUGUAGCUCUCUCCAAGCAGGUGCCUGGAGGAACUGACGGCGCACCCUAACCCUCCUUCAUUGCCACGUGGUAAAUGUCAGGCACAUUGGCCAAAAUCAUCCCCUCAAUGAUGAAGAAGAAAUGGAGAGGCACAUACAAAGGGUCUCUUCUCCAGGCUCUUUUAAUCUCCAUAACUACCAUAGUAAUUAAUGUACUUCGUUUCGAGAUUGACUGAGGAAGAAUAGGUAGGUGUUUCUUUGCUGUGCUGCUGCUGAGAAGCAGAUGUCUUCUUGGUUAUACCUCUCAGGAAUUUUAACAUCAGUGCGUAUAUGAUUUAAAAUAAACCCAAAAGGAGUAACUUAUUAUCUAA